AUGGAUCUUGAUAUUCGUUUGUAUCUAACCAGGGCAAAGGAAGAGAAGGAUGCAGCAGCUCUCCGGACCGCCUUCAGCCUUAUCGGAGAGGGGACGAGGGAUGGAUUAAGCAAAAUGCCACGCUUUUCUCCAGAUUUAUUGGUUUUGUGUGCAGAGGAAGCUCUAGAGUUGGGUUGCUCCGAGAUAAGCACAGCAUGUCUAAAGCUGUACUUUGAAGGGAAACCACCGAAUAAUCAAUUCUUGUGUCGAGCCUACCUCUGCCAGGGCCAGAUGAAGUCUCCACCGGCCACUGGAAGUAUGGAAGACUUUGAAACUGCUCUGCUGUAUUUCCUGAAGGCGAUAGAGAUAUCAAAGAACAAUCCAAGAUACCACUUUAUGGUGUUCAACGCCUCGCUGGUGUACUUCCAGACAGUGCGUCCUCUGCUACGGCCAGGACUGCGCAGGCACCUGGUGCCCUCCCUCACACAGGUGGUUCGAGCCUUGGAAGCGGUGGCUGAGCAAGACCACAGCUGGAGGGCUGAGCUCAUGAUGCACUUGAUUGAAUGUCUUGUGGAAUCUGGGAAAAUGAGGGAUGCUUGCAGUUUUGCCGGUGUCACAGCAGAAUUCAUCGAGAUGCAUACCCCUCAUCUGCUUCCAAAAAUCUUUAAAAUAUUGGUACAGCACAACUUGUCAGAGAGCAGUUGCCUUAGAAUGGCCGAACAACACGCCACCUUAGCCAUUAUUUACAAAAUACAGAACCUUAAGAGCAGUAUGGAAAAAAGAAGGGAGGGGGAGCUGAAGGAGGAGGAUUCCACUAAGCUUAAGGAAAUUUUCCAUCUCCUUGUGGAUUGUGCCACAGGACCUCACCAGAGCUCAACACCCAUUCCUCCAACUGACAGAGUUACCCUCCUCUUAGAUCUGGCUUUCCUGGCCUUGCAGUUGAAGCAUGAACAAGUAGCUUCUGACUGCUUGACAGAGCUGAAGACAGCGGGAGAAGCUACCCUAGGCCAGCAUGUAAUGAUGAAGUGUGUCCAGUGUGAACUCAACCUCUUCAAGAACGAGGGGAAGAUGAAUGACUAUUGCAAAGCCAGUGUGAAGGCACGGCUGAAAGAGAUAGGCAAGUUGGAUCGGUGCCUGGAGAGGACCGUAAUAGAGGGGGAGCCCUGGGCUGUGCAGGCGGUCUGUGCCACCCAGUGGAACCUUGCUCUGCCCCUCCUGCAGCACAACCUUAGGCGGCACAUCAAGGCAGAACUUCUCCGGGUAGCCCAAGCGCUCGAGAACACGCAAAGUAUGCUAUUGGAGACCCGCUGUCAAGUCCACUCAGAGCUGGCAGUGAUUGAGGAGGAGGAAGGACGCAUUGAAGCAUCUGCGGAACACUUUCAAAAAGCCAUGCUACUUAGUGAGGGGGAGCACCGAGAACACCUGUCUUCUGCAGCGCACCUCCUGCAGCUCAGACAGAACCACCACCAGACCACCACCAGGACAGAGGACAAGGCUGCAGUGCUUAUCCAACAGGUCAAGGACUGGCAGUCCCAAGCCGUGGCAGAAAGCCGCCCCAUACUGGUUAACGUGGGUCUCUUAUUAGCCCCUGAAGCCUUCCAGAUGAUGCUGGAUGCAGACAGCACCUCCAAAAGCAGUCAUGAGUCUGGACAAGUGGCACAGCUUUCUGCUAAGGCUCAGAAGCAUGCUACUUCUGUGCAAUGGGUAGAGGGACACUUGGACAGACAAGGAGAUGACAGCAAUGACAUGGAGAGGGUCAAAUUGUGGGCAGCACUGGCAAAGAUAGCUAGGAAACAGGAAAUCUGGGAUGUGUGCAGCACUGCUUGUCGCUUCUGUUUGCUUUACAAUGAUGGGAGAUGGAAGAUUACCAAGAGAGAAAAGGGAGAAUGUUUGGACCAGGAGAGCCGUGUGCAGAGUCUUUACUGUCAUAAGUGGACCUGGAGCUCUGUCAGGCACUUACUCCGCCUACUAGCCGAAGUUUGCUUUAUAAAUGCUGAGGCCACCAUCCAUAAGCUGCGAAUGGAAGGGGUGCAGCUUAACAGCCCUGCUGUCCCCGCAGAGAGCGAGCUCUGUGUCUCAGAGGAUGAUCCACACUGGGCUGUCUACAGAGACUGGAUUCAGGCUCUAUCUGCUUAUGCCACCUCCAACUUCCUGCAGGCUGCAGAGCUGGGAGCAGAGAUAGGGGAGUCGUGGGUGGUAGCUAAUACAGCUGUAUACCUCUGGAACUACAACAGCCACCUGCUGGCUGCUGGAGAGUACCGUCGCCUGCUGCCCACCUUCCACAGGAUCGUGGAGAUGCUCAGACAGACAGAUUACACAGGGGAUCUUGUUCUGUUUGUGCUGCUGUGUGAUGCAGUGGCUCAGGGCCUCAUCCAGCCUCCGCAUGGACAUGAUAGCAGCGAUGCAACUCUGCAGUCGGACAAGGCCAAGACAAGAGCAGGGAGGGGAGUAAAGCAGAGAGGAAGUCUCCAUAGGAGCCCAGAUGCCCCCCAGGAUAUCUGCAAGGCACUGGAACUGUGUGACCAUGCCCUUCACUUGUCCAACGGCAACAUCCCAGGGGAGGAUGUCCCCAUCGCAGCACGGAAAAAGGUGGUGUCCACGUGGGUGCAGAUCAAGAGGCUUCUUGAGCAGCAGAUUGGCCAAAAGAUGGAUAUUGAUAAUGAGUGUAAGAAUGAGCCCGUGUCAGCGAUGACGCGUGUGCUGGUUGGAGUGGAGAUGCUUCAGUGCAACAGCAAUUCCGGACACAUGGAGUUCUCUGUUCCAAGUCUGUCUACACUGGUACACAUGGCAUCUGACUGCAGCUGGAGUGAUGCAGUAGUUGAGCUGCAGGUGUGGAGCCAGCUGGCAGCCCUCUGCCACCAUGCCAAGGACCACAGCCUGGUCAUAUCCUGUACCCAGAAUGCUCUACAGCUGGAGACCGCUGCCACUCAGAGGCUCCAAAGCAUGCCCUGUGCUCUGUACAGUCCAUUCGCAGUGAAUGAGAUGCUGAGCAGUGUGGCUUCUUUGAGGGGUCUGAGUUUGGUCCAUGAGUCCAUUGCUUACCCACACAAUUACAGGGAGGCUAUGGACAUGCUCCUAUCCAGUGUUAGAUAUGCAGAGAAGGCAGAGAACCCACAGCUUUGUAGGGCUGCAGCUAGGGACUUCUGGAACACCUGUCUGCCUCUGGCACAGACCCCAGUGGAGAGAGGACAGCUCCAAGAGCCAUUUGAGCUGAUCUUAAGUGCCCUGGCCCACACCAGAACCAAGCACAAAAAUAAAGCGGACAAAGUGAAGGGCUUGGGUGCUUUGACUUCACUAGUUCCUGGGUGCCCUCCCAUUGAUGCAUUAAAUGAGGAUGACCUGACCCUGCAAGUCGGCAUUUACAGCCUACUUUUCUAUAUCCACGUUGAUAAAGCAGACUGGAGGAGUGCUCUGCAAGUGCUGGACAAAGCUAUCAGAGACAUGCCCGACACCAGACACCGGUUGCCCCUGUUUAAACAGCGCGUGUUGGUGCGCGCGCAGCUGGGGGAGAGUAUUCUGAUGGACAUGAAGAGGUUUCCAGAUGAAGGAGAGCUGUGUUGUUCCAGCAUGUGGCACCGGAUAGCGCUGUGUUCUAAGGACAUGGUGCAGCAGCUUGCCUGCUACCAGAACGCGAUCAGCUCUCUGUCGAGUUCGGAGAGUCAGUGGCAGAAGGCAGAGCUCCUUUUGGAGUUUGGAGAAUGGCUGUACUGUCAGAAUUUCCCCAUACCUGAUGCCCAGCAUCAGAUUCAGUGGGCCAUAGACAUCCUCCUCCACAUGAACGCUGACUUUGCAGAGGAUGCAGAAAAACGUAGACUGAAGGAGGGUACAGAUUUCGAAGGUUUCCCUAGAGCGGACCAGUCCCAACAUGGGGCUACAAGCCCAGUGGGAUGUGAGUCCCAGGUGGCAGUCCAGGGAGUUUUGUUCACAUCGAGUCUGUUUAAGCUGAGGGAGGUGAGGUGGCUGGACAGCCUGGUAAGAGCUCACACCCUGCUUGCUGUCAUGGUGGAGAGGACCUCGCCACAGCAUCAGCUAAACCUGCUGAGAGCCUACACCUUUGUCCUGCAGAUGUGGCAAGUGUCCAUGGUAACAACACAAGAGGUCUUCAGAGAACAGACACGGAGUCAGCCAACCCAGCCACCUCCCUCCACUGACUCCAAAACAGAUAAAAGCACAAGCAAAGACAAGAGAGAUGGCAAAAAGGCUAAGGAGGCACUGCCGCCUCCCCACUCUGAGGAGAAAGGCAAGGGCCUAUUCCAGGAUGAGGUGCUUCCUUCCACACCAGGGGAGUGGGCCUGCUACAUAUGUCCCGACGAGGCCAGACAGACAUUCAGAACCAGCACCAACCCCAACUGCAUCAAUACAUGCAGCAUCACUAAACAGGCCCAGAGCCUGUUCUAUCUCAACUUUUUGGCAAAGGAGCUGCACUCACUGUCCCUCGGCCACCUGACGUUGCCCAUAUUGCACCUAGCAGAGACGAUUGCUCAUGACCUCAUGGGCAGGAGGGGCCUUUCUGACCUCUACCGCCUCAGGAUUGUGAGGACCUGUUGUCAGUUGGGAAUGGAUCAAGUUUCACCAUAUUGUGAGAAGCUCCUUCAUCUGAGUAUUGUUCAAGAACAAGAACAAAUGAGGUGCCGCAAAGCGAUUCUACAUAAAGUUCUUCUACGGGAGAGGACGAACCCGCAUAUGGAUCCAAACCAGAAUUCCAAGAUGGACCGACAUGUUUGGUCUAAGUGUCUGAGUGCACAGGACAUAUGGCUGGAUAAGGCUGAGAUAUGCCUUUCUAUGGGGCUCUACCAAGCCACCAGGCAGCUGCUGGCAGAAGCCCACUUGGUGGCUACGGAGCUGGGGGACCUGGCAGCAGUGGCAAGGAGUUUGCUCGCUCUAGCCAAUCUGGCUUGUGCAGAGCAGAAUCAUGCCCAGGCUCUUACCCUGCUGGAGAAGGCCCAAGACCUGGGUGGAGAUGAGGAGUUCUGGUACCAGCUCACCCUCACCAUGGUCACAGCAACAGUUUGCCAGAGAGACCAAGAUGAACACAUGAAGAUAGAUCAGAUUAUAGAGCAAGGCUGUGCGGCUCUGAAGUUGGUUUUAGAGCAGCAGCUUAACCGAGCCCCCCAGCUCAAGUUGUUGAUCACCUCUUUAAAGUCAAGAGGUGCAGUGGAAUGCAUACAUUCUCUCAAGGGUGGACAACCCAGGAAGACUCUCCCCAUCCAGGCAAGCCAGAGACUGAUGGCUGCCUGUGAUACUCUUGUGGAAUGUGCCGGUGAAUUUAUUAAACUGGGCUGCAGAGAACAAGCAGCAGAGGCCCAUCUAGAGUGUGCACAGGGACUGAGAAACCUGUCAGAGCACGCCUCCAGGAAAGAAGGGAAGCAGCGGUAUCUACUAGAUGCCUUGUCCCAAAUGCAGCAAGCUGUUUCUGUUCAGGAAGAUGAGGUGCUGAAUGCUCAGAGCCUGCUCCCUCCACAGGAGAGUCCUGGGCUGACAUUGAGAGCCACGCGGAGGCUGCUGCGCCUGCGGCUGUCGCUGGCAGAGCUGUGCGUGGCUAUGCUGGAGCAGCUGUGUGCUGAGGAGAAGAGCCACACUCUCGCCCAGGACAGGAAGGCCUCUGUUGACGUAGCACUGGAGGAGUUUCUACGUGGCACGCCAGACCCCAACUCUGUACAUCAGGAGUGGGUGUAUGUGGGCAGAACCUUGGGGCAGGUUGCCCUAGGCCAGCUGGCUGCGGUGGACUUCAUGUCACCGGAUAGUGUGGAGACCAGAACUCAUUGCUCAGCCCUGAUGGGAAAGUGCCUGAGGCUGUUGGCUGUGCAGAAAGACCCUUUGUAUCCCUCUGUCAUUUGGGACAGAUAUAAACAGGGUGAGGACUGGUGGAACUCUGAAGCUGUUUCCAAGAAAAGGGAGGAUUUAGGGAAUGGCGGUGAGAGGAACAGAACGGACCCCAGAGUGCUGUCUGCCAAAAGUGCUGAGCUGCAGAGGAGAAGACAUAGAGCCAAGCAGCUGUUGGCCCAAGCCAGUGAGAUGUUAGCCCAGGCCAUCAGCCUGUGUCUCCAACACAAGCUGUCCUCUUCCAUCCUUGCUGAUGCCUGCCUCAACAUGUUGGAGUGCCAUGGCCAGUUUGACCCUGCAGCAGUGGGUCAAUAUCUAGCACUGUUCCAGAGCUGUGGUAGCGCUGCUAUGAUGGCGGAGGUCCUGACCACAGCCUGCUCUGACACCAGCAAGUCCCAGUUUUCUGCUCUCCUCAGCCUUCACAGGAACCUUCUCCUCUCUCAGGAGGAGAGCCCCGGUGGCCUGCUGAAGGAAACAGAGUACGCACUCAGCAGUCUCUUCAAGGCCCACAGCCAUCUGACCAUCAAUCCCAACCACCUCAGUAUCCUUGGAAAGUUGCCACCCAACCUGAAGAUCUUGCUGCUCCAACACACUGAUGAUGGGUCUGAACUUUAUGGAGCCUUCUAUGAAAAUAUCAAGCCUUCAGAAAAACAUACUGGGGAGGCAGGUACGCUGAAGUGCUCCAAGGUCGCCAAGGUUUCUGUCAGCCCGAGGGCUCUGCAGGCACUCCAGCAGCAGACACGGGCCUUCAGCCAGGAGACUAGACUCACCCUCCUCAAGGAGGCCCGUUGGCAUGGCAAUGAGGGCAGGCUUGAAGCCCCCCUGGGGCGCCGAGAUUUUCCCCUUAAAAGUAUUGGAAAAGCGAAACUAGAAUCUCAAUUUGGAGAUAUUGUAGAAGGAAUGGAGAGCUAUCUGCAUCCAAUUCUCUUACAGCUUGACUUCUACCUCAGGCACCAGUUCCCAUCAACAACCCUCCCCGAGCCCACCAAACUCAGAGAAAAGGAGGAGAAAGGGGGCUCAGAGAAAGUGAGUUCUCCAAUAGAGCCGGGAGAGAACUUGGUGCUGCUAGCAGACAGGAGGUUGUUGGAGCUGCCCCUGGAGGCUUUGUCUGUCCUACAGGAAGAGGGGCUGACCUCGGUGUCCCGAGACUUCUCCCUUCAAUUCCUCUACAGUCGACUGCACAGAGAGAAGCCAGAAAAAGUUGAAAGCGAUAACAAAAAGAAGACCAAAGGUGGCAAGGAAGCAAAGGGGAGGAGGGAUCAAAGCAAAGCCAUCAAAGUGGUACCUGUGAGUCGGGUCUUGCCUCCUUACACAUUCCCAGUCGACACUCAUAACUUCAAAUAUAUUGUCGACCCCUACAAUGAAGGCAACUUUGAGGGAACCAGUCUGGCAGAAAAGAUGAAGAGCAUCUUGGAGACCCACAGCCAGUAUUUUACCUCUCUGUGGGACGGGUUUAUGGGCUGCAAACAAACACCCAGUCUGGCCAAGAUGGAGCAACUGCUGUGCAAGUGUGGGGCCUUCAUUUACCUGGGUAUGGAGCGCUUCAUGGCAAAUAUUCCACCUGCCAAGCUAGCACCCCUCAACCUCUCAGGGUGCUGGAUGGCUCUGCUCUUUGACUUGGUUCAGAACAACAGCAGUAUUCUGCGGCAAACAAACCUCGACCUGCACAAGAGUGCUGGUGAACUGGCCCUGGAGAGACCUGUGGAGACUGUUGCGCUUCUGAGUCUGUGUGGGGUCCGCUGCAUUGUCCUCAACCAGUGGCACAGCAGCCCUCAGAGGAACACACAUAAUAUGGCCACUGUGAUGGACAGUCUCUUGAGGAUCGGGAUGACUUCUGGCCAGGCGGUCCAUGGACUGAGGAAAGGAGCUGUUCAUAGAUCAGGAAGGGAUAAAAAGGCGACAGGAUCAAACGAUGUAGUAUCCCUGGUGGGCAGGGAGGGAGAUCGCAGCUCACAUGACACCCAACAUAAAGACAGUCUCUCAUCUGCAGCAUUCAGUUGUGUUCUUUAUGGACUGCCUAACUUAGUUGUCACAUGACCCAUGGUGAUGUCCUCAUUUAAAUGAUUUGCUUUAUCCAUAAUAAGUAGCAUGUGCCUUGUUUCGCAAUGCAAACAGUAUGGCAUAGUAGAGUAAGAGGGGUUUCAUUGUUGCAUAUUUUAGAAUAGGUC